AGCUAAACACUAUCGAAGGAUGCGCCAUUUUCUGUUGGUUCUCCUCAUCUCAAGUGCCGUGAGCGACAUGACAGUGGUUGUAAAAAGGGGGGGGAAUGUCACCCUAUCAGUCAAAACGCCUGAAAUGGUGGAUGUCAACCGAGUGACGCUGCUGACACUUUACGAAAACGGCACACAAGUUCCCAUCUUCCGCUACUGUUCUAUCAAAGAGAAGAAAAGGGGGUGCCCCGCCAUCGGCAACGACAGAUUCUCACUCCAGCUUAGACGAGAGAAUGCUUCUGUAAUCAUUCUUGAUGCCUGUGCCGCUGACUCAGGAGCACACAUUGUGGAAGUGAUCGGGAACUACACGAUCAAGGAAACGUUCAACGUUGUAUUCACCGAGUCUUCUGGUGACCCGUCCUUCAAAAUCAGCCCACCACAAGACUUCAACACAGUUGUCAUCAUAGGAGUCUUCGCAGUGUUAAUCAUAGUGGUCACUGUUGUCAGCGUAUACUUCUAUAAAAAGAAAAACUGGAAGAAAUUUGAUUUCCUUGACUGCACAGUGGAUUCAGAAGUGGCGGACAGUCGAUCAAGCAUCACUGGAGCAGAUGAAUGUGACACAGACGCAUCCUCUGAGGAACACUGCUUGGUAGAGAAGGAACCAGAAGAACUUGACAGCACCCAUCCAGAUAAUAUCUUAAAUGUGAGAUAA